GUCCAAUUUCCUUCUGAACCGCUCGAAGUCUUACAAGCUGUCAUGGGUAGCACAAAUCUCAUAGGUCGAUCCCGCCCCAGGGAUAUUCGUCUCGUGUCUUAUGGUGGUGUUUUCCGCCUACAAAACUCAACACUCCUUCUCCUAGCUAUUAUUUUCUCUCUCUUUUUCAUCACAGCAAUUUCGUGUUCAUUCUUUGGUGACGAUGAGGACGAGCCUUACUUCAAGAGUAUCUUGAAUGAGGUCGCUCAGACUGACCCUGGCAUCGUCAUGUUGGGUGAGAACGUCGACGUCGAUGUCGACGAACCCUCCAUUAGCAUUCGCUGGUCCAUCAUUGGCUGUGGAGAUGGAUAUGUGUUAGAUGGAAGUGCUGGUAUACAUGAAAGUAGUUCAUGUGGUCUUCCUUCAAUGCCACUUCAAAUAUACGUCGACAGCUCCUCCGAGCCGACAGCCGUGUAUGAUCCAUCCCAGCUUCCUUUUAUUCGUUCGUCGGGACAAAGGCGCAACAUCCAGAAUCUUGUACAAUUUGAUAGCGACCAUACUCUCGAUGUCCAUGAAGACCGAUUGUAUCCCUUCGACACAUAUCUGUUGACAAGCACACUGCGUGUCGUCAAUACUGACAAUGAAACCGUCCCAAUUCGCAAGAUAUCCACCAUAGAAGUGGUGUCUAGCUUUACCAUAUCUAUCACCGACGUGGAUAGUUAUGAGUCUUUGGCGAACGGGACUGAUAUCCCUAGUCGAGACAUUGACAUGCGCGUCAAGAGGCCAGGCCAAGCUCGCACAUUUACGCUCUUACUAUUCGGUAUUAGCUGGAUGCUCACCCAUGCCACAGUUGGUCAUGUUGUGCUUGCGCGCGCUCACAAAGAAGUAAAACCUAUUAUCAAACAUCUCGUCUUCGUUUUCGCAAUUCUCGUCGUAAUCCCGCAGUUGCGAAAUUCUAUGCCCGAUGCUCCGGGUUUUGAUGGAGUUCUCAUUGACUGCAUUGGUUUCUUUCCUCAAAUGAUUCUUUCCAGUUUCUCGGCGCUUACCUUACUACUUCUCAUAAUCUUGCGAGAGUUCAAUCACCUUGAGGACAGCUCCCUCGGUGAUACUGCGGAGGACUCUGAGCCUCAAACAUUACCUAUAUCCCCAACGAGGAUGAUCACAUCCCCAUUACCAUCUCCUAAACUACUCCCCUCACCACCACAGUCACCGCUAAAACCUCUUAUCCUUGGCAAGGGGAGGACUAGCUCUUUGCUUCUACAGGGUGGCGAAGUAUCACGUAUCGUGCGCCACUUGAACGGCGAGUUUGUUUUUCCCCCGGUUCCACAGAUACAUCGUCGAUCUAGAUCAUCCAAACCCACUCUGGGUCGACCAGGCGGCGUUGUAAGGCAGGAUUUGGGAACCACAUUGGAGGCGGUGGAGGAGAAGUGAUCACCUCAGUAAUUCUACCUGUCUACUAGUCUACUAACUUGUUGUGCCGUAUGUAUGAGUUCGUUUGAUGUGUGUUUAGUGUCUGUUCUUUUUGUUUGAUUACUUUUCUCGUUAUAUUUACAGUAAGUUGUACUCAUUAUUGUGUACAGCCCUGGACUAUCGUGGACUGGAAUCUGUUGUAGGAAUAUUGUCUGUUUCUUUGUGGCGAACGUUUCAAUUAACAAGGAUCAUAUAUCAAGGCCUGAA